AUGCACGCAUGUCAUUGGAUCGCCGCUGUCUUAGCAACCCUUGGCCUGGCUGGAGUGGCAAGGGAGGGUGCGAAGCGCGCUUGGGAGCCGCGCGUCCAGCUCGACGGUGCCGAGGACACGUCCGCCAACGCGGAGCACCACCACCACCACCACCAUCAUCACGGUUGGCACAAUCACUGGCAGCCGGCCGCGGCGGACGCUGAGUUCUGCUCCGAUGUGAUGGAGGUGAAGAUGUGCCAUGCCAGGUGCGGCCACGAUGGCGCUUGCCACAAGGCAUGCCCCAUGCCGAAAGAUGCUGAUCUUCAGACUAAGCUGAUGGAGAAGAUGGAGUGCCAUGACAAGUGUGGGGGGGGCGACCGUGAGUGCCACGGUGCUUGCGGCUGCCCUUUCCAGCAACUGCGCGAGAAGUGCCCGAUGCUGAAGAUGGAGGAGCACCACCACCACCACCACCACCAUCAUCAUCACGGUUGGCACAAUCACUGGCAGCCGGCUGCGGCGGACGCUGAGUUCUGCUCCGAUGUGAUGGAGGUGAAGAUGUGCCAUGCCAGGUGCGGCCACGAUGGCGCUUGCCACAAGGCAUGCCCCAUGCCGAAAGAUGCUGAUCUUCAGGCUAAGCUGGUGGAGAAGAUGGAGUGCCAUGACAAGUGUGGGGGCGACCGUGAGUGCCACCGUGCUUGCGGCUGCCCUUUCCAGCAGCUGCACGAGAAGUGCCCGAUGCUGAACAUGGAGGAGCGCUUCCACCACCAUGGUUGGCACCACCAAUGGCAUGCUCCCACAAAGGUUGAGUUCUGCGCUGACGUUAUGCAGGUGAAAGUGUGCCACGACAACUGUGGCCUGGAUCAUCAUUGCCACAAGGCGUGCCCCCUGCCCGAGGAUGCCGCUUUUCAGGCUAAGCUUGUGGAAACGAUGGAGUGCCACGAAAAGUGCCAGGAUGGCGAAUGCCACCGCGAUUGUGGUUGCCCCUUCGAGCAGGUGCGCGACAAGUGCCCGAUGCUCUUUGCGCCUUUCACCGACUUUCUUCCCGGGCAGAAACCCGACAUGCUGAUGGCUGUUCAUGUCUAA